AUGAGCAGGAAAAGUUCUGGCAGUUCCAUAUCUCCAAGGCAUUCAAAAAACGACAAUUCUCCAAGCCAUUACGUCAAUGAAGUACACGAAGAAGCAAGCUACGAAAGUGUAUCCAGAACUACGAAAGUGACACAGAUCGACGUGCAGCCGGCGCCAGAGGAAGCGAAAUAUGUAGUGCCAGCCGAGUCAAACCGCCCCCGCCCUAAUCCGAAAACACCUCUGCCCAUGCCAGAACAUACAGUGAAGGAAAAGAAUCCUCAGACAGCAUUCGACUUCAACCUUGACAGUUCGAAAGAAGUAAUCGCCCACCAUCUGGAUCUGGAGAACCGUGACCGGAAUGGCGUGAAUAAAGACCUGAAGGUCAAAUUUCUCGAUAUUUUUGCCGAGCCAGAUCCGGAAUACCACAGUGUUGCCUGCGUCUGGACCUGUAGCUAUAGAGUGUUCGAAAUAACACGGAUCUAUUGCUACAAAAUAUUAACUCUCAUACUUGGUCUGCCCAUCGUGUUCAUUGCUGGACUCGUUUUCGCUUUGUUCACCUUUGCGAGGAUAUGGAUUGUUCAGCCCACUUUCACUCUUGUGAGAAUCGUACUCGCUCAAAUACUCAUCAUCUGGUCAACAGCCGUGAUUUACGUGUGCCGUCCAUUUUUCUACUCUGUUGGAGCAGUAUUUAGCACAUUUCGAUUACAUCGUACUGAUGGUCCUAUAAUUCAAGAAGUCUGGGAACACGUUUAA